AUGACUUCUCGUCAAAUCACCAUUACAACAAAGAAAGCGAUAAUUACAUCUGAAUAUACUUUAGUGACACAGCAUGGAAAGUACUUUCCGCCCCAAAAUCUGCUUAAUGAAUACCCGCAAAAAGAUGUCACCAGGAUAUUAUACCGUCGAUUUGUUCGCUUGAAGCCUUUUGUGUCCAGACGUCAGAUGGUCCGAGACACGUACGUGGGGUAUAUCAGAUACAAAUUUAGAAAUGAGGAUUACGAAAAGCGAAGGAUAGCAAGUGGACUUAAAUUCGCGGAAAAAUCAGAGAAUCUGUCCCAGCUAUCCCAGCGUGCCCUCGCGACUUUAGAAUUUGUCCUGAAGGCUAUAUCGCAUGUAAAGAAAUCAGAUUUAGACACCAGCCAUGGUGUGGAAAUCUCAAUGUGUCGAAAAAUCCUAAAGAACUUACUUACAAUUGAGCAUGAUAAACGCCUGUUGAUCCAACACAACCCCAAAUUUUUUUAUCCAGUACUGCGGCAAGAGUUUUCAUACUUCGGGAAUCACGCUCUGGUGAAGAAACCGUUGCACGUUGUGGCCAGACUACGAGAUUUACGUGAAUACGAUGCAUGUCUUUUGAAAUUGAAUGAGACACUAGGAACUAUGCUAUAA